AUGGAUUGGCUUUAUAAAUAUCAUGGAGUGGUAGAUUGUAGGUCUAAGCAUGUGACUUUUAAAGAUCCUACAUUUUCACACAUCAUUGUAAACGGUGAAAGAUCAGUGACAUCUAGUUUUAUUUCUGCGGCCUUGACAAGAAAGUUGAUGUGUCAAGGUUAUGGGGCAUACCUUGCUCACAUAGUUGAUACACAGUUGAAGAGUCCUUGUAUCAAAGACAUACCUGUUGUAUGUGAUUUUCCAGAAGUAUUUCCAGAAAACAUUUCGGGAUUGCCCCCGAAAAGAGAGGUUGAAUUUCCAAUCGAGCUUAUUCCUGGAUCUACUCCUAUUUCGAUCACCCCUUAUAGAAUGGCUCCAGCAGAGUUAAGAGAAUUGAAAGCUCAAUUGCAAGAACUACUUGAGAAAGGUUUUAUUCGACCUAGUGUUUCUCUUUUGGGAGCCCUUGCUUUAUUCGUAAAGAAGAAAGAUGAUACUCUUAGGCUUUCUUUUCUGGGACAUGUUGUAUCAACUGAAGGUGUGAAGGUGGAUCCUAGUAAAAUACAAGCAAUUGUUGAAUGGAGACCUCCCAAAAGUCCGUCUGAGGUAAGAAGUUUCUUGGGCUUAGCAGGAUACUACAGAAGAUUUGUGAUAGGCUUUUCCAUUAUCGCCUCUCCUUUCACUAAGCUCUUGCAAAAGGAAGUAAAGUUUAUUUGGGAUGACAAAUGUCAAGAGAUAUUUGAAACUCUCAAAUCCUUGUUGACUCAAACGCCUAUACUUACUCUACCAAUUGAAGGGAAAGAGUAUGUAGUAUACAGUGAUGCUUCUCACAAUGGUCUCGGAUGCAUUUUGAUGCAAGAAGGGAAGGUAAUUUCUUAUGCCUCUCAAAAAUUAAAACCGCAUGAAUUAAAUUAUCCUACUCAUGAUCUUGAACUUACUGCUAUAGUGUUUGCUUUAAAAAUAUGGCGGCAUUAUUUAUAUGGAGAGAAAUGUCAUAUCUUCACUAAUCACAAGAGCUUAAAUUACUUGGGUACUCAAAAGGAGCUAAACCUUCGACAACGUAGAUGGCUUGAACUCAUCAAGGAUUAUGACUGCACGAUUGAUUAUCAUCUAGGUAAAGCCAAUGUGGUUGCAGAUGCCUUAAGUCGGAAAUCCUUCGCAAGCAUUUCUUUGAGUCCUUUACCCUUGCUUCUUGAGUUAAGAGCCAUGAAUGUUUGUUGUACACUUGAUUCAGAUGGUUCAGUUAUUGCUAAUUUACAAGUAAAGCCAAUAUUACUUGAACAGGUGAAAGAAGCACACAUGGUUGGACCAGUUGCAUAUAAAUUGGCUUUGCCACCUGAGUUAGACAAGAUCCACAAUGUCUUCCAUGUUUCUAUGCUUAGAAGAUAUCAUUCUAAUCCAUCUCAUGUUCUUCCAGUUGAAUCUAUUGAGGUUAAUCCUGACUUGACGUAUAAUGAAGAAUCUAUCCUAAUUCAAGCUCGAGAAGUGAAGCAACUUAGGAACAAGAGAAUCCCUUUAGUAAAGGUACUUUGGAGGAACCAUUCUGGAAAAGAAGCUACCUGUGAAAGAGAAGAAGACAUGAGAACCCAGUAUCUGCACUUGUUUUGGGAAUAG